AUGGCGACCCAAGCAGGCGUGAAGGAAGAGGCCCCGCUCCAGGUGAAGAAAGGGAUCGAGCCACAGUGGACGCGCUUCCUCGCCGGUGGCGCCGCGUCGGCCACCGCCGAGCUGCUCACUCUGCCCAUUGACAUCACCAAGGUGCGAUUGCAGGCGCAGCGCUCUGGUCCCACGGCUGGCGGAAAACCGACGGUACACUACAAUGGCAUGGUGCACGCAGCUCAAACCAUGAUCAAGCAGGAGGGCCCUGGCGCGCUCUGGAAUGGCGCCACCCCCGCGCUGUUACGUCAAGUCUCGUACACGAGCAUCUGCAUGGUGCUCUAUGAACCGCUGCGUAACUUCUUCGGUGCGAAUGCGGCUCAAGGUGCGAACGGUGAAGCUCCCUUCAUCAAUAAGUUCUUGGCCGGCGGUUGUGCCGGUGCCAUCGGCAUCAGCAUCGCCAACCCUGUGGAUGUCAUCAAGGUACGGAUGCAGGCAGACCGCUCGGGCAAGCUGUACCGUGGCGUCGGCGACGCAUUUAGCAUGAUCUACCAGCGAGAAGGUUUCCGCGGUUUCUUACGUGGUAUGCCACCGAACAUUCAGCGCGGCUUCAUCGUGAACGCUGCUGAACUGGGAACGUACGACCACAGCAAGGAGCUGCUGAUCUCAUCUGGGCUGCUCAAGGAAGGCGUACUCGCGCAUACUGGCGCAAGUUGCGUCGCUGGAUUCGCCGGUGCUGCAGCUUCCAACCCGAUCGACGUGGUCAAGACUCGUCUCAUGAGCCAACCGACGGAUGCAAGUGGCAAGGGGCUUCACUACAAGGGCAUGAUGGACUGCGUUCGAAAGACCUUCCAGGAAGGUGGUGCGAGUGCCUUCUACAAGGGUUUUAUCCCCAACUGGAUGCGAAAGGCACCCUGGUGCGUUGUCUUCUUCGUCACGUACGAGAAGUACCGCGCCGCAAUGAUUCCGAGUGAAGAGGAGAUGUAA